GCACCAGUGGUCUAGUGGUAGAAUAGUACCCUGCCACGGUACAGACCCGGGUUCGAUUCCCGGCUGGUGCAUCAUACAAGAGCGAUGAUUAAAUCUACACGCUUGUGAUGGUAGGGUCUAUCACUAUCUUCUGAUUUAAGGAAGAGAAUGGGUGCGGCUGAGCUCUUUUUUUUUUUUUUUUAAAUUUCAAAAUUUAUUUUGCAUCCAGAUGAUUCAGUUUAUCCAAGACCGGACGACAAGUCGGUUUCUAUUGGAGGCAGUUAAAAUUAACGAACACCUGUGGUUAGGAAACUUUAAUAAAGUUCCCUGGGCUAUCUGUUUCUUUACUGAAAAGCCCAUAAUUAGAUUCAAAACAAGUAAGCAUGCAGUGGAUAUUUCAGUAAUUUGAUUUCCCCUCUCCUUCUCUCAUUUGAUAUCAAAACAAGCCGGCCAACGUUGUAUAUUCAGAAGUUAUCGAAAUUUCCGUUUCGUAGAAGCAAAUCUCCAACCGACGAACGACAUCGUGUUGUAGCAAUGGUAAAAGGAACAGGCCAAACCAUGCCCGCUGACGUGGCUCAAGUGAUCGACCAGCUAGAACGCCACUGCUUAGCACCUGAUGGAUCUCUAAUUUCAAAAUCUGCAUACUAUGACCUCCAACUUGCCAGAGAGGAAAUGUGUAGAGAAAGAUUGCGCUAUUUAGAAGCAAUGGCAAUUUACUGUGAAGCUAUUGGUAUGGUGGAAGAGUAUCAGCAAGCAGUUUCAGUGGGUAAUCUAGGUGGCAUUCGUGAUAUCCAAGGGUUAUAUCCGCAACUUAGCUUGAAGAAUUCUCCUCAGGUUUACGAGUGUCUAGAACAUCGGUUGGUUGUAGCUGAAGCGGCUCAGAAACUGAGGCUUCCUCUUAUAUCAAAGGAUGGUGAAAUCCAUGAGGAGGAAAUUGAAAAAUGGAGUAUAAUGUCACGAAGCUCUCUUGAUAGUACAAGUACCAGUGUCACGAUCAGCUCAAGCUCUAAUUCAAUAAAUUAUACAAUUAGUUCUGCCAACAGCACUGCUGGUGCAGCAAAUAAUGCCCUUUCUCUUGCUGCUGCUGAUUCAGCAGAACCUGGAGUUGGUGGUGUUCCUGAUCGCUUUCUUGGUAUAACACCUGCCUAUUUAUGGCAAACACAGCUCCAGCAGAUGCCACUGACGAUGGAUACAGCAGAUUACCAGAUGUCACUUUCCCACGAGAUUGAAGCACGUCUGAAGGAUAAAUGUGAUAAGUUAGCUGAUGCUUUUGUUGAUGAUAUUGACUCUUCGUCCACUGGCCAAAAUUCAAUUGCACGGCUUCCAGAAAGGGUUAAAUUGAUCAUUGAGGAAAUUGAAAGGGAAGAAGCUGCUCUGCGGGAGGAUCUCUACUCCGCAGAUAGAAAAUUUGCAGAAUACUACAAUGUCUUAGAGCAGAUACUGGUGGUGCUCAUUAAGCUUGUAAAAGAUUUGAAGUUGCAGCAUCAGCAUAAAUAUGAUGAUCUACAGAAAACUUGGCUGUGUAAAAGGUGUGAGACCAUGAGUGCAAAACUAAGGGUUCUGGAGCAUGUUCUCCUACUUGAAACAUAUACCCAGGAGUCCAUACCAGCCCUUCAUAAGAUAAGGAAGUACCUUGUGGAGGCUACAGAAGAAGCUUCUAUGGCGUACAACAAAGCGGUUACACGCCUACGUGAGUAUCAAGGGGUAGAUCCUCAUUUCGAUACGAUAGCAAGACAAUACCAUGAUAUUGUAAAGAGAUUGGAAAGUAUGCAAUGGACGAUCCAUCAAGUCGAAAUGGACUUGAAACGGUUACCAGAUCAUCCAAGCACAUAAUACAGAUAUUUUUCUUGAAUGCUUAUACAAUUUGUUCCAUCAUAGCCUUGAUAUCCAAUAACUAAUCCACCGUCAGUGCUUUUUGAUUUGUUAUUUUUCUGAAGUCAUGAAUAUCUCUUGUAUAGCAAGUGGCAGGGAAAAGAUCUUAUCUUGAUGUCAUCCCCACCUUCUUAGUCUGUCUGUGUUUUCAUGGAAUACCAGUAGAUUGCUUGUAUACAGCUGGGGAUUGUUGUUGUUUAUAAACAUAACGACUGCCAUACAGCAGAAUAUCCUCUGACCACUGUGAUGAUA